CGCAGCGCCGCGCUCCCACGCGUGUCCCCGCUCCCACGGCGGGCGCACAGGCUGCCCCACCGCCCCAGGUUUAUGCCACCAUGCAGCACUAUGGAGUGAACGGCUACUCGCUGCACGCCAUGAACUCUCUGAGUGCCAUGUACAACCUGCACCAGCAGGCAGCUCAGCAGGCUCAGCACGCCCCCGACUACCGGCCCUCCGUGCACGCCCUCACCCUGGCUGAGAGACUGGCUGACAUCAUUUUGGAGGCACGUUAUGGAUCCCAGCACCGCAAACAAAGGCGAAGCCGCACGGCCUUCACCGCCCAGCAGCUGGAGGCCCUGGAGAAGACCUUCCAGAAAACUCACUACCCAGACGUGGUGAUGAGAGAGCGGCUGGCCAUGUGCACAAACCUGCCCGAAGCCAGAGUCCAGGUCUGGUUCAAGAACCGGAGAGCCAAAUUCCGGAAGAAGCAGCGCAGCCUGCAGAAGGAGCAGCUGCAGAAGCAGAAGGACUGUGAGGGGAGCCACAGCGAGGGGAAGAUGGAGCCACCUGUGCUGGAGACCCAGGCUCCCAGCCCGGACACUGAGAAGGUCCAGAGCCUCCCCAGCGAGGCUGGCACAGACCUCAACCUGACCCUGUCGGAGCAGUCUGCCAGCGAGUCGGCACCCGAGGACCAGGCCGACAGAGAGGAGGAGUUCAAGAGCACCUUGGAUGAGGCCAAAGUGGACAAGAGCCCUGGUGUGGACAGCAAGGCUUUGAACUGCAAGAGAGCGAGCCCAAAAGCAGAGUCCCCUCUCGGCGCGGCCGUGACGCCGUCCUCCAGCAGUGGCCUGGCUCAGACUCACUCCUACUCCUCCUCGCCCCUGAGCCUCUUCCGCCUGCAGGAGCAGUUCCGCCAGCACAUGGCAGCCACCAACAACCUGGUGCAUUACUCCUCCUUCGAGAUGGGGACACCCUCUGCCAUGCCCUACCUGGGCAUGAACGUCAACAUGGCCCCGCUCAGCUCCCUGCACUGUCAGUCCUAUUACCAGUCGCUGUCCCACGCUCAGCAGGUCUGGUCCUCCCCCAUCCUGCAGGCCUCCAGCUCCCUGCCCAGCCUGAACAGUAAAACCACCAGCAUUGAGAACCUGAGGCUGCGGGCCAAGCAGCACGCGGCGUCCCUGGGGCUGGACACCCUCCCCAACUGACUGCCCCAGGAGAUGCAGCAGGGGUUGGCACUACACACGGCUCUCCUUGAAUCCCCACCUCGCCCUGGAGUGAGGUGCUCCCUUGCAGGGAAAACUUCACAUUUAUUAACGUCUUACUAGCACCACGGUAGCGUCAGACAUUGCUACUGGCCUGGUCUUCACGGCAUAUUUAAUGAGGAAGGGGGGAAGGAUCUGUGUUCAGACAGAUGAACUGUGCUCUGGACUGCCAUGAGCAACGUUCAGGAGGAGCCCCUUGUCCUCAUCCCCCCGAUAAGGUGCCAACUGUGUUAUAUUCACCUUUUAUUUUGUUGUCGUUGUUGCAUUCUUUGGGGGGAGGAAGAGUCCUGCUUUGUCCUGUACAUAGUUUAUAAUGUUGACAGCGCCCAUCAUCUGUGUGUUUCUGUCAGUGUUACAGAACUGUGACCUCUUUUGCUUUUAUUUCCCUUUCUUUUCAGUUUUAGUAGCUAGUAUCAGAGUUACUAAUCAGCCAUCACCUUGACCUCAGCUGGUAGCUAGUUGCUCUUCUUGGGUCAGCGUCCUAAAGGUGUUCAUGAGGAAGAGAAAUGAUUGUGCACUUCACCACUCCACUUCUCCCUUCUCAAAGCUAAUAUUUUGACAACUGGGAAAUUAUAUCAAGGUGAAUUUCCUGUUUAAGCACUUCUUGUUAGGCAAGCAUUUUUCAUUUUCUUUUUAGUAGCACUUGCUCAAAGAGGACAAAAUAUUGGCCAAAUGCUGCUGGCUGGGAGAAAAUGAAGGCCAAAUUUGCAGAUUAUUUUUGAUUGAUACUGUUUUCUCUUUGAUCUUCAGUGAAGUUUAAACUUUAUUUACAAAUUACAGGGUUUUCCUUUUGGAGAGCGUUUUAGUCUUACUUUGACAGUAGGUAGUAAUAAAAAUUUCUUAUGGACUCCUGGUGUGUUCAUACACCAUGAAUUUUAUGAUUCUUUGACAAAAAAAAAACUUGAUUAAUGCGAGCUGUGUCUAGAAAAAAAUCUCUGAUCAACAAAUUCUAUUCUCAAGCCCUCAGUCCAGAAAGUGGUUAUCAAGUGAAAAUGUAACAAAUGAAAAAUUAUGAACUGCUGGAGGCAAAGCAGGUGUAAGCUUUAUAUUCUCUUGGGAACUGAGGGGGGUUAGAUGAAAUGCAUUGCAAAAAAUGCAGGGUUUGCAAGUAACCAAAAUUCACCAGCUUCAGAAUUACUGCAUCGAACAGUUUCAGUCUCAUUUCAUUGGAAUGACCCAUCAUUCACCCUUGGGUGGUUUUCCUUGUUGAGAAGGAAUGUUUCUGCCAAUUUAAAUCACUUUUUUUUCCUUUUCCUAACCAAAUAAACAUUUUGGACUCACUGCUAUUACUCUGAGCGUUAAGGAGGGAUGACAUUCAGAUCUCAUCUCUAAUAUUGCCUAGGGCCAAAAAAUCCAGCGUGCCUCUGGGGCAGGUGUCAUGUCUGUAAUCCAAGAGUGUGACUGGGUGUGUCACUAACAGACAGGGCAGAGCUUUGCUGUGUCUCUGCAAAUAAUCAUAAUUUAUUUAAGCUCAAGUGUAGACCCAGAGCCACCCAAAUGUGGUCCCUCUCACUCCCACCUUGCUGCAUACUGGGGUCAAAUUACCUAUUUAACAUGGAGGUAAAGAGUGUUUUCAGCUACGUUAUUUUUUCUUCAAAAAGCAUCUAACUCCCACAAAUAGAGAGAUGAGCACAGCUGUUUGAUAGGACAUAAUGGCUUAUCCCUCAUAAAGUUGUAGCAGGAGCAGACUACAGAGGGGACAGCUCAUCAACUGUACCAGCUUCCAAGGAAAAUGGAGUGUCUUCCAUAAAUAUUUCUGCUGUGCCAAACACUUGAGUUUGGGGCUUUUCUCUCAUGCUUUAGUUUUCCUGACUGUGUCAAAUCAGCCCCUGUGACCGGCAGAAUUCUCCACCUUGCCAAAACCAAAUGUAUUUGUAGGAAGCAGAUUUUUGGCUGCUGCUUUCAAAGGAGUCUGAGUAAAUUAAAACCACCAAAGCACAUUUACUCAGUCCAAAAAGAAAGUCCCAGCUUUCAUUUUUCGCUGUCUGUCACCCAAACCAGGGACACCCAAACAAAGCUUUAAUUUUCCUCCUCCUUCCUCAAAAGGCUCUUAUUCACCUCUAUUUUUUCCUGUGCCCUGCUAACCUCUGCACCAUUCUAGGCUGUGGAGUUGCUUUACCAGAACAGAAAAAACACAAAUUUAAUUAGCACCCCUCCUGAUAUUGUUCCCUGGUGCCAGUGAACAAGGGAGGUAAUUGGGUGUGAGAUCAGAUCUGCACUUGAGCUCUUUUUUAAUUAAUAAAAGAUGCCCAUGGAGCUGCAGCUCGUGUCACUGGGUGUUUCAGGCAGAGAGCAGAGGGCUGCAGUCACACCACCCCAGGUGAGACAGGAUCUCCUCUGUGCCCAUGGGGCUGGAAAGGAGGCAUCAGCUCACAGCUCACAGCCUUGCCAUGGUUCUUGAUGGAGCCCACAGCAGCUGCCAGGAAGGUCAGAACACGUGGAUUUAUGGCCAGCUCCUGCAAGGCAGGAUAAGCUCACUUGAUCCAGCACCAGAUUUGCCAUGAUCCUCUGGAAGGAGACAAGACCUUCCCCACUGAGCUAAGGAGGGAGACUCUUCCCUGUGCCUCGGUGCAAAAAUUCAUUUUAACCUUCAGAGCCUUCACAGAUCUCAGCCCUGGAGCCUGACCCCCUUCAUCCCUGUGUUACUGCUGAUCUUCCUCACAGAGGCUUGGAGCUGCUACCAGGAACUUCCCCAGUGGAGCAUCCCUCACACCAUUAAAAACCAGCAUGGGGAUGAGGCCAGCACGGCUCAGGAAGCAAACUGGGAGAGGAGACAUUUGGGUCUCCAUCAGUCCAUAGGGAUAUUUGUUCAGCACCAUCCUCAUCUGCCUCUGAGCAGCAGUGCCUGAGGUGCAGCUGGUCCUGGACCAGGGCAUGUGAAUAAUUCCCACAUGGAGAUUAUUCCUCCCAUUCUGAAUCAGGAUGAAAACAUCCAAAAAUUUAAAAUAAAUAGAAAAAAAAGAGAUUGCCUUAAAUACAGAUCAGCCCCUGCAGUAUUUUAUGCAAAGUUUAGGGUUUAUUUCUUAUGGUCAAGUUUAAACUCCUCAUGAAAUGAGUGAGCUGACUUGAAAACACAAAAUUGAUUUAGAAAUGCAAAAAUGCAAGAAUUUAGGCUCACAGCUUUCAAAAGUUUAAUAAUUAAUUAUCUGUCAAAACUGACUCAUUCUUGCAUAUUGUUCUAAGGUCUCUGAGCUCUUGGGCUAUUUCUGACCGAAAGAAAAUAAUGAAAAAACAUAGGAAGAAACCCCCCAUUCAGUUUAACCCUAUGUAUGUAUUGGGAAGGCUGAAGGGACUGAUUCUGCAUCAUUCCUCUUUGAACUGUCUCUAAUUGGGAAGAACCCCUGCAAAUGUCCUGAUCUGUGAUGUGAGCUCUGCUUGUUCUCCUUCCUUCCACCAACCCCAGCUAUUCAGGAAAAUAAGUCUCUGAUGAGUCUCAGAAUCAGAACAGAUUGGGGUUCCCCCUCCUUACUUCCAGACAGAAAUCUGACACUUCUUAACAAACAUUUUAGUUGGAUAUAAUGUGGCUUCUCCCAUCACAGGUAUAAAACCAGAUCCUACCUCACCAGACAGCUGAACUGUUACAGGGGAGAAAAAGAUUUAUCCAUCCCCUCUGGAUGCUGUGCCAACCUGGUGAAGGGCAGGGUGUUGCAGGACAGCUUCACCUAUGGGGAGAUUAAAUGUCAAAAUGGAAUCAACAUUUUGGGUUCUGUGAGGCAGGUGAUCAAGCUGAAUUUUUAAUAUACAAAAGGAAUGCCGGACAAAUGCACAGCAUGGCACAUGGGCCAGGAAAAGAUUUUGCCUAAUCCUUUAAAAACAGUGGUGGAAAAUCUGGAAAAAGUCUCCCUAGUUCCUGUUUGGAAACAAGUUAUGGAUCUGGAGAUUUCCUCUGCCAGCCUUCUGCCCUUCCUGUGGCUUUGUUUGCUGUGCCUCUCCUUGGUGAGCAGCUCCAGCUCCAAGCCCUCCUAAGGGAAUUUAGAAAGGAUUUUAUAAAGGUUUUAUACAUGGUGCUUGCAGGAUCAUGGCCCAGGAGAAAAUCAGUCACGAUAUAGAGGGCAAAUGUUUGUAGUUAAAUGUCUUGCACACUUCAAGAGAAGUCUAAUAAGUAUUAAUUAAAAAAAAAAAAUUAAACAGUGCAGGGAAAAUGUCAAAUGAGAAAAUAUCCAGUAAUGAUGUUGGGAGGCUGAAAGGAAACAUCUUUUUUUCCUUUUUUUAAAAAAACUUUUGAAUUUUUUUGGCUAAGAAGGGGAAAUGUCCUUGAUGGUGAAUAUGGGAAUAAAGAGAGGCACUUCUAUUUUUUUUGUAUAUUUCCUCCAAUGAAAAUCAUCAUUUGCUGUGGAGGAAACACAAAAAAUGCUGCCAAAUAUGAAAAUAACCAUCAGCAAGAAGAUCCCUCCACAUCUCCUUUCUCAUUUAGAUGUUUCACCAUGUGAAGAAUUUUAAUGAGCUCUAGGUAUGUGUUGCCACUGCAGCCAGCCAAAGAGAUGCUCGUUUUUGCUGAAGAAACACCAAAGUGGGUGGACACAGAGGUGGGAACUGCAAUUAUUUCUGUCCCUGUGCUCCACAUGUGGUACUUCCAUUGACAUGACAAUUUUUGAGCAGUGGCAGGACGUUUCUGAAGAGUUCAUACAUAAAGGAUUAAAUAAACCUCUCUAGAAAAGGAAUGCAAAUUAAAAUCCACAAUAUUCUAUUAAUUUAAUUACAGUAGCUAUGAAACCUAAUUCAAUUAAGCUUGAAAGAAGUCAAUUACAGAACUUUCCUGCUGGUUUUUACAAGCUGUGUUGAUUUUUCUUUUCCUCCCUUCUUAGCCUCCAUGUGCCCCUUGCUGUUUUUUAUGAUCUGUUCUAGAGCAGCAUAAUACAUCUUCUGAUUUAUUUAUUUUUUCUUUUGAGUGGAAAAAAGCUAUUUCUCUGUGUAGGUCUUCUCUCAACCCAAAUCCAUAGUGGAAGGAUAAGAAGAGGUUGGUGCAAUAAACAACAAAAAGAAAAAAAACCCAAAAAAUUUCAGCAAUGUAAGAUCAAACAAACAAAAAAUCCCCUGCCCUGCCAUGCGGCUGUGACUCUCCUCCCGUGUUACACAACAGCCCAGCAAUGAUUCAGGUUCCCUGCUUUCCACAGAUUUUGUGGAUGCUGUUUGCUUCCCAGCUGCUCAGUAUCCACAUUGUCCCUGGCUUUCCCAAGCUCCUGGGGAAGAGAUGCAGAAGCUGAGGUGCACAAAUGAACACCCUCAUCACUGCUGUGAUGCCAGAGUGGAAUUAUUGCACCAGUUCCACUGCAGCAAUGCCACAGCUGGGAACAACACUGAACCCCCACAUUAAUUUGUAAAGAAUAUACAUUUUUUCAUAUACAAAUGAAAAGAUGUGAUUAUAUUUUUAAUAGUCUGGGUUCCAGGCUGGAAGUCAUCUUCAAAAUCUCUGUAAGACACACAUAAAACCCAUUGCAAGUUAAAUGGUGCAGCUGGUGCCCUAUGAAUGGCCAAAUCCUUUUCUAACUGCCCUGGCAAUUGAGUGGGGCCAUCUCGUAAGGCAGAACUUUAGAUGUGUCUGUGUGAUGGAAAAUAACUUUUUAGUUUAUUUUCUCAUGCCAGGAGGCAACCAAUUUCUUCUUUUUUUUCCCAGGUUCUGACCCAAGGUGUACAGUUAGCUCCACAGUGUGUCUGUGUUUGUAUGUCAAACCCAUCUUGCAAAGGAACAAAGGCUUUCAAAUUGCAAAAAGGAAAUCAAAGUAAUAUACUGUACAGAUCGCUGUAAAAUUGAGCUGUAGUGUAAGAACUUGUGCUUUAGAAUUCACUAUUGAGGAACUCAAAUGUGUAUCAUAUUUAUUUAUUCUGGUAGGUAAAAGAAGAAGGAAAAAAAAAAAGAGUUUAUAUUCAUUUCUGAAAAGCUGCAGCAUGAUGCUAUGUGCUACCAAUUGUGCCAGUCCUGCUUUCUGUAAAAUUAUUGCCUGUUUUCAUACUCCACUAAUAAAAAGGAAAAAAAAA